UUGCGUGAAUAAUGCUCUAAAUACUCUUCCUUCUUUUGGGUUAUUUUGCUCUCUAAACAGAAUCUCUUCUUUCAAUUUCUCAUUAUCUCCUUCUUCUUUUAGUUUUAAGCUUUUAACCAUUUUCUGCACUAAAAAAAAAAAAAAAAAAAACUUCAACCCAUCAAUUCCAUCUCUUCUUAUAACAUUUAUUCUCUCUUCUUCUUGUUUUCCCUUUUUAUAUUUAUCCCCUUUCCCUUCUUUCUCAUUAUAUAUCUUCCUUUCCCCCUCUUCUUCUCUGUGGUUUAUGCUUUUCAAACCCUUUUUGUUUGUUUCCCUUCUGAUCAUUUUUGUAAAACUUUGCGAUUUGGGUUGCGUUUCUUUUGAUCUCUUGCUCAAGGUUUCUUAAGUUUUCUUGCCUAAUUUCUCGAGAAAUUUUACUCAGGAAGGUAACCGAAUCAUUUUUCUUCAUUUUUCUUCAUUUUUCUCAUCUGGGUUUUCUCUAAAUCUUUCAAUGGAGAUGAAUGGGUGUUCUGAGAAAGAUGAGGAUUACCCUCAGCUUCUGGAUUUGAUCCCCAAAGACCGGCAAUGGCUUGCUGCCGGAGAUGUCGCCGGAAAAACCCAGACCUCCGACGACAAGAAACUUGAACUGAGGCUUGGUCUACCCGGAGAAGCUGACUGGUCCGGCAAAGGAAGGGAUGACUCUGUUCGCUCUUUUGGGUAUUUUCCCGUUUCUCGAAAAUUUUCUCCCUCUGAGAGUCCAUGGCCGCCGUCCCCAAAUUUCCUUGGAAAGCUUCAACCCACCAAACUUUCAGCCUUUUGCACUGAAAUGGGAGAUCUACAAAAUGCAGAAGCUAAAUCAUUUCCUUCCUCUGCUAACACAGCUGUGUGUAAUAGUUCUCAGAAAAGGACUGCACCUGCCCCAGUUGUGGGAUGGCCACCAAUUCGUUCGUCGAGAAGAAAUCUUGCAAGCAGCAGUUUCUCGAAGCCUGCAUCGGAGUCCUCGGAUGCAACCCCAAGCAAACUCCCGGCACCUGGGGAAAAAGCGGUUGAAGUUGGCGGAAAGGGUCUGUUUGUGAAGAUCAAUAUGGAUGGAGUUCCCAUUGGUAGAAAAAUAGAUCUCAAUGCUUAUGACAGCUAUGAAAAACUUUCCUCUGCUGUUGAUGAACUCUUCAGAGGCUUACUUGCAGCUCAAAGAGAUUCCUCAGCUGGUAGCGUUUUGAACAAGCAAGAAGAAGAGAAACCGAUCACGGGUUUGCUGGAUGGAAGCGGGGAAUAUACUCUUGUUUACGAGGAUAAUGAAGGAGACAGAGUUCUUGUUGGCGAUGUCCCUUGGCAAAUGUUCGUUUCGACUGUGAAGAGGCUGCGUGUGCUCAAGAGCUCUGAAUUACCCUCCUUGAGUCUCUGCUGCCCGAAGCCACAGAAGAUGGCGCUCAACUCUUCGUCUAAGUGAAGGAAGAGAAUUUUUAAGCUGAAGCUUGAGAGAAGACAUUUGAAUGUUAAUGUUACCUUCUAUAAUUUGGCAUCUUAUAUUAUGAGGUUGAUGAAAUAGAAGAGAGAAUUAUCAUUAGUAGUAGCAUGCUUUAAUGGGUUAUGCUUUUGAUUUUGUAAUUUCUGUAAGUUGUGAAAUCAAUCUGCCAUCUUCCUUUUGUAGAAAGCCUGAGUUAACCAAGUUAUUGCAUUGUAACACCAAACAAGUGAGUGAUUUGGAGUUUUAAUACAAAUUCCAGUUUGAUUGGAGAAUCCAUCAUUCUCCAAUACACUUUCUAAGUA